AUGCGGCUCUUUUCGUCAAUAUGCCUCGUUCUCCUGGCGUUCUUGGGUGCAGUUUCUGCUAGAAGUGCCGUGGGAGACAGACUGUUGGUCGUUCUGGAAGACGAGUCGCAGAAAGCAUCAUACUCCAAGUUCUGGGCUGACUUGGAAGCGCGAGAUUUUCAAUUGACCUUCGAGUCUCCCCGAACAGAGGGACUGUCACUCUUCAGACAUGGGCAAUUAGCCUACGAACAUUUACUUCUUACACCACCCAAAUCAAAGGGCUACGGUCCAUCUCUGACUCCUAAAGUCAUUCUCGACUACGUCAACGCAGGUGGAAACGUCCUGCUUGGUCUAUCCUCCGAGGCUAGCACUCCUUCCGCCAUCUCCUCUCUCCUCCUCGAACUCGACAUCUCUCUACCUCAGGACAAGUCAUCGGUAGUCGUCGACCACUUCAAUUAUGAUGCAACCUCCGCGGCCGAGAAGCACGAUGUCCUGCUGCUCAACCGUCCAGGACAACUACGUCCUGAUGUCUCCAACUUCUUCGGUGGUGAUGGCACAUUAGCAGUACCAAGAGCUGUGGGACAGACAUUGGGAAAUACCAGCCCUCUGCUUGCACCGGUCCUGAAAGCCCCAGCAACUGCGUAUGUGUACAAUCCCAAGGAAGAGUCAGAGACUGCGGACGAGACGUUUGCAACGGGCUCACAGCUGUCCCUCAUUUCUGCACUGCAAGCUCGAAAUUCAGCUCGCUUCACGGUCUUGGGAUCGCUUGAGAUGUUGCAGGACAAAUGGUUCGGUGCAUCAGUCAAGACAGCGUCGGGAGAAAACGGCAAGACUGUGAAUCAGGAGUUCGCAAAACAAUUGACGGAAUGGACAUUCAAGGAAGUCGGAGUGCUCAAAGUCUUUUCUGUUCAUCAUCGACAAGUCUCGACGACCAGCGCACCGUCAGAGAACACCACGCAGAUUGGAGAGUACAACCCUGAGAUCUACCGAAUCAAGAACGAUGUCGAAUACUCGAUCGAAAUCGCCCAGUACGACGGCACACAUUACGUGCCUUUCUCCGUCCCAUCCAACGACGCUCUUCAACUCGAAUUUACCAUGCUUUCGCCAUUCCACCGCAUUCCGCUAACCCCAGCCUCCACAACCGCCAACAGCACGAUCUUCAGCACUACUUUCACCACGCCUGACCAGCACGGCAUCUUCGCAUUCAAAGUCACAUACAAGCGGCCAUUCCUCACGGGUAUCGAGGAGAAGGAACAAGUCACAGUGCGACACUUUGCCCAUGACGAGUGGCCACGUUCCUGGGCCAUCUCGGGUGCCUGGCCCUGGAUAGGAGGACUGUGGAGCGUCAUUGCCGGAUUUGUCAUGUUCGUGUUGUUAUGGUUAUACUGCGAACCACCUAAGGAAGAGCUAGAACGGCGGCGAAAGUUGAGCGUUAGCAACGUGAAAUGA